AUGAUUUUUGGAAACUUAAUGUUCAUUCAUGGACGAAGGCUCAUUAAUCUGGGCGGAUUGCAAUCAUGGGCUCGAGCAUUUGCUACACAGCAGAAAUUUAAAGACAAAGUUAUAAUCAAAGUGAAAGGUGGCACCGGCGGUGCUGGAUGCUCUUCAUUUGGUCGGGAAAAGUUUGUACCAUAUGGGCCAGCUGACGGAGGGAAUGGAGGUGAUGGAGGAUCAGUGUACAUUGCUACCAGGCCAGGAACUUUUAAUAAUUUAUCACAUUUAUUGAGCCAUUAUAAGGCGACUGCUGGAACGAAUGGCAAAGGAGGAAAUUGCCAUGGUAGCUUAGGGUCCUCUUCAAUUAUCUAUGUUCCACCAGGAACUAUUGUUAAAGAAAUCCAAAAUUUGAAUGAAGAAGAAGAACAGAGUCAUAAUUAUCCAGUUCAAUGGGUCCAGCGACCAGGUAAUGAAAGAUUACCUAAACUAGCCUUGGAUGGUCCAUCUUUUGAAGAUGAAGCCGAAAGGCAAGCACAAGAGCUUUUUUAUAGUAAGUCUCCUCCUAUAAAUACGUACCCGAUAAAAUAUAAUUUGAUGGAUGAUGAUGGUAAACCGAGAAUUCUAUGCCAAGGCGGCAUUGGCGGCUUUGGAAAUGUACAUUUUUUGAGCGAAAAAAAUCGAUCUCCCAAGUUUGCAACUAAAGGACUGAAGGGACAGUCGAAGGUUUUUGAAUUGGAGCUGAAAACUUUGUGUGAUAUUGGCUUGGUAGGGCUUCCAAAUGCAGGAAAAAGUACUUUAUUGAAUUCUUUGACAAGGGCAAGCUCUACUGUAGGAGAUUAUGAAUUUACAACGCUGCAACCACAUUUGGGAACGGUCCGUGUAAUCUCUGAUAAUCAUAUUCCUGUGAGCUUCCGUUUGGCAGAUAUUCCAGGACUCAUUGAGGGAGCUAGCGAUGGCCGUGGACUUGGGUUUGAGUUUCUACGUCACAUCGAAAGGGCCAAACUUCUUUGCAUGGUAAUAGACAUAUCUCCAAAAGCAAGGAUUUCAUGCACUGAAGCAUUUCAGCAGCUUUGGAAAGAACUUGAAGAAUACAAUCCCGAGCUUGUGGAGAGAUUGUCAGUAGUAAUCGCAAACAAAGCAGAUAUUUCUGCCGAAAAACAACUCGAAAGCCUAAAAGACGUGGUAUCGAAAAAACGACAAUCGAUACGUGUUAUACCUAUAAGUGCUACUCAAAGACAAGGAAUGGACAUUCUUUUGAGGUGUAUGGCAGAUGCGUAUACCAAAAUGAAAAGCUUGUAA